AUGAAAAAUUUGACAGUGACACAACGUGCCAGUCGUACUUUAAAUAUCCUAGAAAAUCAAAUUACAAAUUCAAGUGAUUUAAAGAUACUAUAUGCUAUCAAUUCUAACAAUGGUGAUUCUUAUAUAUACUUAAAAAAUAAAUUAUAUAAAAUUCCAUUUAAUCGUGUAGAAAACAUAAGUUCCUAUGACAUUAAUGAAAAUUUAGAAUUUGUUAGUUUAGAAUAUUGUAGCAUAUCUCAACAAUUAUAUGGUGCUUGCAAGUCUGGUAAUAUUAUAAGAAUAAAUAUUGAAUCUGAAAUUAAAUUUGAGUUAAUAACGCAAUUAAACGAAGAUUUACAAUGUAUGAAACUAAGCCCAGAUCAUGAAAUGAUCAUAUUAGUUACAAUUAAUGAUAUUAUGAUAACAAUGGUAUCUACUUUUCAAAUAAUAUCAAAGAUAGAUCUGCAUGCACAACAUUUUGGUCAAAAACAAUUUGUAACUGUUGGUUGGGGUAAAAAGGAAACUCAGUUCCAUGGAUCAGAAGGAAAAAAAGCAGCAAUAGUUAAACCAACAGAAAUCAAUGAAAAUAAUCUAGAUGAUGGAUUAUGUAGAAUAACUUGGCGUGAAGAUGGUUCAUUAUUUGCUAUUAGUUUUGUACACCAUAAAAGUAAAAUUAGGCAAUUCAAAGUAUUUAGCAGAGAGGGUAUUUUACAAUAUACCAGUGAAUUAACUAAUGGUUUGGAAGAAUCAUUAUCAUGGAAACCAUCUGGUAAUUUAAUUGCAACAACACAAAUUUUGCAGAAUAAACAUGUUGUUGCAUUUUUUGAGAAAAAUGGUUUAAAACAUAGAGAAUUUUUACUUCCAUUUAAACCAAAAGAAAUUAGAGUAAAAGAUUUAAUUUGGUCCCCAGAUUCAGAAAUUUUGGCUAUUUGGUGUCAAAUUGAAAAAGAUACUUCUUCAGUUCUUCAAUUAUGGACAGAAAAUAAUUAUCAUUGGUAUUUGAAACAGUCUAUUAAAUUUCCCAUAAAUAAUUCAUUGAUAUAUGCUACAUGGAGCACAUCUUAUUUAAAAAAGUUGAUUCUUUUAACUGACAAAGAAUUUAUCACUUGUGAUUAUAAUUGGUCUGUUGAUCAUAGUAGAGGCACAACUGUACAUGAUAAAUCUGUUAUUGCAGUCAUUGAUGGAAAUAAUUUGUUAGUGACUGGUCUUAGAGUUGGAAUUGUACCACCACCAAUGGCACAUCAAACUUUAGAAACUUCUGAAUCCAUAAAUGCUAUUGUUUUUGCACCAGAUACAAAAAAUAAAGCUACUUGGAUUGAUAGUAAUACAUUCUUUUGUGUUUCUGCUAGUAACAAAUUAAUAUUUUAUAAACAUUUAAUGGAUUCAUCACUGUUAGAGUAUAAACAUAUUGGAACAUAUAGUAUUAAAUGGGCUGUUCCUCUGGAAUAUAAAAAUUUUGUCUACAACAUGCACCAUUUUCUAUGGCUUGAUGAAACUAAUAUCUCAUGCUCAUUGUCAAUUAAUAAUCAAAGUUUUUUUUGUAUUUUAUCAUUAAAUGCAAUUGAAGAUCAAAUUCAAGGACAAGUAAUAUUGGGGGAAAUAUACAUUAUGGAUGGUUUAAUUCAACAAAUAGUGCCUUCUCCUGAUUCAGGACAGGCAUAUAUAAUUGUAGAAAAUUCUAUUGUAAAAUAUACAAAAGAAACAGAAAUAAUUCCAAUUGAUGUGCAAUUACAGGAAUAUAUUUAUAAAGUAGAAGUUGUGAAAAUUGCUGUGAAGCAUGUAAUACUGUCAUUAUAUCAUAGAAAUUGCUUUGCAAUUAAUGGAAAACAAAUUGCUAACAAUAUCACAAGCUUUUUUGUCCAUUCAGAAUUUUUACUCCUUACAACUACACAACAUACUUUAAUAUGUGUUAAUUUAAAUGAAGAUGAUUUUGAAGAAUUAGUAAAACAGGAUUUAACCGUGAAACCAUGGGAAAAUCAUUCCAAUGAAAAAGUACUCUCAGAUUUGAAUAUUAGAAGAAUAGAAAGAGGAUCUCAAUUGAUUGCUGCUAUUCCAAAAGAUUCCAGGACUGUUUUACAAAUGCCUCGUGGAAAUUUAGAAUGCAUUCAACCAAGAGCAUUGUCUUUGUACAUUAUCGGCUUUUAUUUAGAUAAUUGCGAUUAUUUAUCUGCAUUCGAUUUAAUGCGAAGAGAACGAAUAAAUUUGAAUUUGAUCUAUGACCAUAAUCCAAAGAAAUUCAUUGAAAAUGCAAAUAAAUUUGUUGAACAAGUUUAUAAACCUUGUUGGUUGAGUUUAUUUUUAUCUGAGUUAACAGAUGAAAAUGUCAUCAUGACAAUAUAUGCAAAUUAUUAUCGAAGACAUCGAUCGAAAUCAAACAACUUUGAGAUGAAUAAAAUUGAAUUGAUUUGCGACUUAUUGCAAAGCAUCAUGGAACGUAGCAAUCAUGUUAAUCAAUUAAUUCAACCGAUAUUAAUCAGUUUGGUGAAAGGAAAAAGAAGACGAGGAUUGGAAGCUGCUUUGACAAAAAUAAAGGACAUUCGAAAACUAGAAGCAAAACUAACAGAAACUGAAGAAUACACAAUGUCUAAUGAAGCACUAAAAUAUUUAUUGUAUAUAGUAGAUGUAAAUAUUUUAUUCGAUAUAGCUUUAGGAAUGUAUGAUUUUGAUUUGACCAUGUUCAUUGCUUCUAAGUCACAAAAAGAUCCUAAAGAAUAUAUUCCAUUUUUAAAUGAUUUAAAAAUACUUAAUGAAAAUUGUAUGAAAUAUUCUAUUGAUUUAUAUUUAAAACGUUAUGAGUCCGCUCUUGAACAUAUUGUGAAAGAAUCAAACAAAUUUAAUGACUGUCUAAAUUUAAUACGUAAUUACAACCUAUAUACGAAAGCCCUAAAAUUAUUUGAAAAGGAAAGUGAAAAGUACAAGGAGGUGGCUAAAAUUUAUGGCGAAUUUUUGUUAAAAAAACGACUCUAUUACGAAGCUGGAAUCAUGUUCUCCAGAAGCGGUAAUUUUAAAGAAGCUUUGAAUGCUUAUAAACAAGCUAGCAGCUGGCAAGAUGUUCUUAUCCUAUCUACACAAAUGGAAUUAAGCACAACAGAAAAAUGUGUGCUUUACAAGGAUCUUGCAGAACGUCUAAACACUGAUAAAAAAUAUGAAGAAGCUGCACAUAUUUUAAUGACUUAUUUGAAAGAUGCAGAGGAAGCAAUAGUCUCUUUGUGUAAUGGUAAACAAUGGAAAAAUGCUGUAAGAAUUGCGCAUGACACUGAAAAUUUUAAUUUGAUAGAUUCUCGUAUACGAUCUAGUGUAUAUGAAUAUGCAGAUCAUGUAAUGUUUCAAAUAAAGAAAAAUAAACAAGAUUUUGAACAAUAUAAAUUACGUCUUAUGACAGUCAGGGAUAAUAUUUCUCAAAAAAAUGUAAAAUCAUAUAAUGAAAUACUUUGUGACAGCAAAUCUGUAUGUGAUAAAGGCAUUUCUGAUAUUCUUAGUGAUACAAGUAGUAUUGUUAGUUCAACUUCUAGUCAAAGAUCAAAAUUAUCUACUUUAUCUGGAAAAAGUUACAGAUCAAGCAAAAAUCGUAGAAAACAAGAAAGGAAACUUUUAAGUUUGAAAGAGGGCAGUGUAUUUGAGGAUCUUGCAUUAAUACAAACUUUAUAUCAAAUUAUUAGCAAUACGUAUAAAGAAUGUGAGGAUUUACAUGUAUUGAUACAAAUGCUUGUAUACUUUGAUGAUGAUGAAUAUGCUGCAAAAAUUCAAAAUUGUAUGGAAAAGUUACUUUCAAUAAUAGAGAAGAGUAAAUCUGAAAUCUGGGACAAAUCUGCGCCCUCAAGCUUAACAGAAAUGGAAAAUGAAGAAUUCGUAGCGUCAAUGGAUUUACAAGGUUUAUCUUUUUGUCAAAAAUUAGUUGAACCUUAUAUUACACGUCCACCAGUAGUUAACUUUUCAUCUUGGAAAUUGAAUAUAUUCUAA